AUGAGAAUAAUAAUAAAGAAUCUUCCACAAUGCACAACGAAAGAAGAUGUUGAAAGAGCAUUCUCAAAACACGGAAAAAUCAGCGACGUAUUCAUGGUGAUGGAUGGUAAUAACAAAUGCAAAGGAACAUGCUUUGUUGGAUAUCUCAAUGAGAGUGAUGGCAUGGAUGCAAUCCGUCAUCAUGACGGAUCGUUCUUCAAUAGACAUAGAAUACAAUGCGAGACAGCAAAGGAGGAUGAGCAGAAAGGAAGUGAGUCAGAUGAAAGAAAGAUCAAGUACUCCAGAAGCAUAUUCAUCAAGAAUGUUCCUGUAGAUGUUGCAGAAGAUUUUGUACGUAAAGAAGCCGAGAUUUAUGGCGAAGUAGAGCGAGUCACAAUAACAGAAAGAAAAGUAGGACGGAGUGCAUGUGUUGUGUUUGUUAAUGGAGAUUCAGCUGUAGAAGCAUAUAAGAAGAUGAAGUUUGUUGGGGGAAUGAAUGCAAAGGUGUCUCCUUGGAAGGAUGCUAAGACCAAUGAUGCACAAGAACACUACAACAUGCUUUUCUUCAAUUUUGAGCAAGUUGUUAAGAAAAUUUGUGAAAAUGAACGUAUUGGAAUCAGAGAUGUUGUUGAUGUGGAUGAUAAGGAUUUGGGUGCAAGGAUGGCACGGAUUGAGACGCAUCUUGUUCAACAGACAAAGGAAUUUCUUGAAAGCAAUGGGAUAUUUCUGAAUGCACUUACUGGUACUACUGAUAAGAAGACAUUGGUUGUGCGUUGUGCUGAGCUAAUGAAGUGCCUGGAGUACAUAAGCGAAGGAUGCAGAGUCUGCAUUUCUCCAUCUAAAUGCUUGGCUCUUUUGAAAUUUGAUAAGGAAGAUGAAGCACUAAAGUGCUAUAGAAAGUUAGGUUUGAGAAGGAUUCGAGAGGCAGUUGUGUAUUGUGAGUAUGCACCCAUUUGUAGAGUACCCGAGAACCAUCUAAAUGUAUGUAAAGAUGAGCAGAUAAGCAAUGCAACAAUAAAUGGAAAUCCAUAUGGUCUGAGGAACAGGAGUAAGCUUGGAAAUAAGCUGUUAAUAAGAAAUGUUCCAUUUCAGGCAACAAAGGAAGACAUACGAAAGAUAUUUAGUGAGUUCCAUGUCAAAGAUGUGCGGAUUCCAAUAAAACGCGAAGGAUCGAGUAGAGGAUUCUGCUUUGUAACGAUGGAAACACCGGAGGAUGUUUCUGGUGCCAUGGAAUAUUUUGGUAGCAGUACGCAUUUGUACGGGAGACGGCUUGUUCUUGAGAGAGCCAAAAUAUAA